AUGUUGCCAUUGGCUGUGAUUUUGAGUGAGUUGCAGGAGCCUAAGACAAUUGUUCCGGUGCUCUCCAGUCUCCGCAGUGGCUCUCCCGUCUGGCUGAACAUUUCUGGACCCGACCAGAAGCAUUUGGUGUCUCGGACCUUGAACCUUACUCGAUCUUCAAUUCAGUUUCGGCGGUGGUUUGGCAUAAAUGUGAUACGCGUGUUGGCUGACAACUACAAAAUUAUGGCUGGUGAUGGUCUGCAGAUCAUAGGACAGCUUUUAAAGCUUUUAGAACAAUGUAACCAGUUCACCAGUGCCGUCUACUUCAAGUCAUUAGUUGAGUGUAUCGACCAUGUUUGCGAUAGUAUUCGAGGAAAACCUACUAUGACUCGAGAACUCCUCACUCCCAACUUGCCUGCUAUCAUUGGUUUGUACUUGGAGAAAUUUUCACACGAUCCAGCCUACUUGGUUUCCAGAUUAGCACCGUAUAUCAGAGCACAUCCAACCACGUUUCGUCCUUUUGGGAACAAGCUAAGAUCAAAGAUCAUGGAAACCAUACUCAGUCCUGCGUUCUCCAACUUUCCAGACUCCAGCAAGGACAUUUUUUGCAAUACUCUUUCCACACUCUGUGCAGUGGAAAAGAUAGAACCUGAAGAAAGGUGGUCACUGGACUUAUUUUCUCUUAUUGGAGAGUUAUCCAAUACGCUAGAGAUAUACGGAGAGUUCCUCAAUUUCGAAGACGAUGCCGAAUUGGGCAAAUUACUCAAAAAAAUUCCCCGUUCGUCAUCUGGUGAACUGGAAUUUCCUUCUCUUUCAAUCGACAUCAACGACCCUUCCUCGUUUUAUUCUUUGCCUGAGAGACUUGAUAUCCUCUUGCGACUCAUUCGUGGUUACUUACUGGCUCCUACAUCGUUUGUAGCCAAAGUUCCAUUGGGAAUUAUAGCGUUGGUCGUCGAAGCCGUCCUUUCAAUUAACUCUCGUUUUAUACCAUUUAAGCGAGAAAUACGAGACGAAAGCACCAAGCAAAUAAUUCGAAAUACUCUCCAGUGUGCUCACUCUUCUGCUUUGGGGCUUUUGAAGGUAUUACCUCUGAUUUUCCGUGGGUCUUUGGUUCCAUAUAUGCGGCGAAUUCUUGGAUUGUUGGAAACUUUGAUCCCAAUGAAGAAAAAGUCGCUUGAUACCGACCAGAUUGUGGCUAAUGAACAAUUCAUCUGUCUUGUUCUUGAUUGUGUUGCUUGCAACAUUUCCUUGGUUUCCUACUACCAAGACUCCACCGGACUCGUGAGGCUCAUAGAUGCCGCAAUGGCUAUAGUUCAGCCUAGAUCAAGUUCGAACACAAGCUCAAACACAGCAAACACAAUUUCCUCCAAUGGUAAGAAGAAAAAGAAACAAGCUUCUGUUCCUCUUGCCGAUGUUUUAUCGCACCAGCAUCUCUUCAACAUUUCAGUUUCCGAGUCCACCACAAACCAUGUUCAGUCUUUCGUCAAUACUUUGAUUAGUUGUGCUGAUCUUCCCUCCGCCCAGCAUAAUAAGGUGUGCAAAUUUGUCAUAGUGGAAGCAGUCAAGGCAUCUCAUCAUAUUCAAGAGGGAACUGUUCCUAAGCAACUUCGAAACCUCUUGGUCAAUGCUGUGUUGCAUCCCGGUUUUGAAACCACCUCUAUCUUGCCAAUUGUGUGCAGCAUUUUGAAGGAAGACGAAUUGUUGAGUGUUUUCAGAAACCCAAGAUUUCCACCGGUAUUGAAGGCAGUUGAAGUGAAGGAGGAAGAAGAAGAAGAAGAAGAAGAAGAAGAAAGCGAGGAAGAACCUGAGGAAGCAGAGGAAGCUGAGGAAGUGGUUAACGGAAGCAGAACGGAACGGGAAGUUGCACCAGAAACCAAAGAAGUGGAACCAGAAAACAAGAGACGAAAGAUCGAAAUUCCCGAGGCUGUUUCUGUUGAACCUCAAGUUUCUGAGCCCCAAAUUUCCACAAGUCUCCAGCAUAGCAUAAGCAAUCAACCUGAGCCAGCUGAGCCAAAAAACUUACGAGCACCAGAGCCAGUUAAGCAAGCUAAUAAUCCCAAGUUGACCGAGCCAUCGGCUGCGAAAGAUCUUAGAGAAGAUUUCUCAGACGACUCGGAUUUCGAAAUGCCCGAGAUCGAUGUUGACUCGGACGACGAGUAG